AAAAAAGAAAAAACUAAAAAAACUACUUUUCAAUUCCAACUCUUUCUGGUAAUAUGUCCCUCAUCAUCUUCCUCUUAUGGGUCGUCAACAUCCCUUUCUUUGUUCAUUCUCAAGCUGAUCCUAGAGGUUAUCUCCUAGACUGUGGUGCUGGUGAAAAAAACGGUUCAAGUAUAGGAGACCUGAAAUUCACAACCGAUGAGGGAUUCAUAAAUGUAGGAAACAUUACAUCCUUGAAAACGCCAAACCUUGUGUCCAUUUUAUCCACAUUGCGGUAUUUCCCCAACGAUUCUGCACGUAAAUAUUGCUAUGUGAUCCCUGUGAUCAAAGGAGGGAAAUACCUCGUGAGGACGACGUACUACUAUGGAGGUUUCGACGGAGGACAAGAGCCGCCGGUGUUCGAUCAGAUUGUGGAAGGGACUAAAUGGGGCGUCGUCAAUACCACCGAAGACUAUGCCAAUGGACUCGGCUCCUAUUAUGAGGUUAUGGUUAUGGCUUUGGGGAAAACACUCAGUUUGUGCCUCGCUAGGAACGAAGAUACAAAGUCCAGCCCUUUUAUAUCGGCUUUAGAGUUGGAGUACAUGGAUGAUUCAUUGUAUAACUCCACAGAUUUUAGUAAAUAUGCUCUUGUUACUGUGGCAAGAAGCACCUUUGGUGAUGAUGGUGAUUCUAUUACCUUUCCAGAUGACAAAUACAACAGAAUGUGGCAUCCAUUUAAGGACUCGAACCCGGUUGUCGAAAGCCAUUCCAAUAUAACUCCAUCAGACUUUUGGAAUGUUCCACCAGCAAAGGCAUUCCACAAUGCAAUCACAACGAGCAGGGGAAAGACACUGAAAAUAGAAUGGCCUCCCACGUCUCUCCCAAGUGCCAUGUACUAUAUUUCACUCUAUUUCCAGGACAACCGGAGUCCAAGCCCGUAUAGUUGGAGAGUGUUUGAUGUUUUUCUUAAUGGGAAGAAUUUCUUCCUUGAUCUAAAUGUUACAACCAAUGGAGUCACAGUAUAUUCAAAUCAAUGGCCUCUGUCUGGGCAGAAUGAAAUAGUCCUAACUCCUGCAAGUGCGAUACCAGUUGGACCAGUGAUCAAUGCCGGUGAGAUCUUUCAGAUUAUACCUCUUGGUGGAAAAACACUCACCAGAGAUGUGGCUGCAAUGGAAGAGUUGGCAAGAAAGUUUAACAGCCCACCGCCAGAUUGGAGCGGUGAUCCGUGCUUGCCUAAAGAGAAUUCAUGGACUGGGGUUACAUGUUCUUAUGGGGAACAUAUUCGAGUUGUUGCUGUAAACUUAACUGGCAUGAGGAUGCCUGGGUUGCUACCUCCUGAUGUAGCCAAUUUAACUGCACUCAACCAUCUUUGGCUUGGUGGGAACAAACUCUCAGGCAACAUUCCUGAAUUAGGAUCAUUGAAGGAGCUACAGACUUUGCAUUUGGAGGAUAAUCAAUUUGAAGGAAAGGUUCCUCAAUCACUAGGCCAACUUCCAGAAAUCCGAGAAAUAUUCCUCCAAGAUAACAAGCUCAAUGGUCAUAUUCCUAGCGAGCUAGAAAACAAAAAAGGCUUAAGCAUUCAGAUGUAGAACAAGCUAAAGCUCAUGAAAGGAUGAGAAAGAAACCCCAUGUGUACCUCUCUUUCUGUUAGGAUGUAAAAGAAGGUGUUCAAGCCUAGAAUAGAAAUUUUUUUAACAGAAAUGGAUGGCUUGGAGAGAAGAUUGCAUAGAGAUAUCUAUGAACCCCAUUUUGAUACUAGUUUAGUUUAGGAAGAUCCGAGUGUUUUCUGUGCCUAUUUUCUUCUCUAACAUUGUAUUUUUUUAUUUUUAAUACCAUAAUACUUAUCAUGACUAAGAGAGUGGCAUUUGAACUAACAUUUUACAAUCCCCAUAAGAUGAGAUAAUUAGAAUAUUAAUUAUCAUUUCCCAUGCCUGGUAAGUGUCAUUUUUAUUUUAGGGGCCAAAAAAAAAGAAAAA